GGAAGAAAAGCCAAGGCUUUUACCAUAAUCGACAGGUCAGUGAAAAAUUAACAUUACACACGUGCAACAAUAUUUUACCUACCUGUGGGACUCUCAGAAUGAAGAAUAAGAAGGCCGGUGGCCUUGAUGCGAUCGUGUGAAGAGCUUCGAGAUGGCAACCUACAGCCGGCUGUUGUUCCGCGCCGUGAGGAUCUACUGGAGGGCCCUCUUCGUCGUGGUGUAUCCUCUAGUGCUCCUCCCUGUGUUUCUGCACAAUAAUGUGGCCGCCUUCAGGUGUCUUUAUGUGGUGCUUUUAAUGGCGGGAUAUUGGGUUUUUGAAGCGCUUCCACUUCCGGUCACUUCGCUCAUACCAAUGGUACUAUUUCCGCUCAUGGGUAUCUUGGAUUCGGAUAAAACAUCGCUGUGUUAUCUCAAAGAGACAAAUAUGAUGUUUGUUGGGGGUUUAGUGAUUGCCAUCGCUGUCGAGUAUUGUAAUUUGCAUACGAGGGUGGCCUUGUAUGUUAUACAACUGGUGGGUUGUAGCCCCAGGAGACUGAAUUUCGGCCUCGUCACCGUCACCAUGUUCGUCUCCAUGUGGAUUUCCAACACUGCAGCCACAGCAAUGAUGAUCCCAAUCAUUGAAGCUACUCUCAAAGAGCUCGAAACACAAGGAAUCGGCGAAAUGUUCGAAACAAAUAUGGCCGACAAUGACAAAAUCGAAUCGGUGGAUUCUGACCCAAAAAAGCCAACUCGGACCACCAUGUGUUAUUUCAUCAGUACGGCAUACGCGGCUAGUAUUGGCGGAAUGGGCUGUAUUGUGGGCAGUGGUACCAACCUGACAUUCAAAGGAAUUUACGAGACAAGUUUCCCUGAAAGUCCCGGAAUUGAGUUUGCCAAAUGGAUGCUCCUGAAUGUGCCCAUGAUGGUACUAAUGAUGUCCUUGUCCCUAAUUUGGCUCCAAAUGAUGUUCAUGGGUCUUUUCCGGCCCAAUUCCCAAGACGCAAAGAAGAUUCGUGUUGGGAGUCAGGGGGCUGCAGUCGCUCGUAAACUAAUCCGUACGAAAAUCAGCGAGAUGGGCCCCAUGUCGUUCCAUGAGGGGGCUGUCGCUGCCCUUUUCGUCCUCUCAGUCCUACUUUGGUUCUUCCGGAAGCCCCAAUUCAUCGUCGGAUGGGCUGAAUUAAUCACCCAACACAAAGUCAAAGACGCCACAGCUGCCUUGAUAGUGGUCCUCCUCCUCUUCAUAAUCCCUGCACGUCCUGAUUUUAUCCACAUUUUGAGCAAGGAUGAGUCAAAACGCCCCAAAAGCCCCUCCCCGGCGCUAAUCACCUGGAAAGUCAUCCAGCAGAAGCUCCCCUGGGGGCUGAUUUUCCUCCUCGGUGGGGGCUUCGCCCUCGCCGAGGCCUCCAAAGAGAGCCAAAUGAGUAAACUGAUCGCGGAUCACCUCCACGGCAUGGCCACGUUGCCCAAGUUUGCCGUGAUGGUGAUUUCGUGUGUGUUUGCCACGGUUUUGACGCAGUUUAGUAGCAAUGUUGCCGUGGCAAAUGUGCUGUUGCCGGUUUUGGCCGAGAUGGCCAAAGUGGCCAAAGUGCAUCCGUUGUAUUUGAUGUUGCCGACGUCGUUGUGUUGCUCGUUUGCGUAUUGUUUGCCGGUGAGUACGCCCCCGAAUGCCAUUGCGGCAGCCCCCUGUAAUAUGUCGUCGACGGAGAUGGUGAAAGCGGGACUUGGAGUGGCGGUGAUUUCGCUUCUGGUGCUUUUUGCAGUGUUCCCCUUUCUGGGGACGGCGAUUUGGGACCUGGAGGCCUAUCCCGAGUGGGUCGAGUGAGGCAAGACUGAGGAGGAGGAGGAGGAGGAGGUCAUGGAAUUGAUUUUUAUUCGGACAAUGACGAUGUAUUAUAUUUAUAUUGACGAUUAUUUAAUAAACUUUGUACAGAAACU